AUGGCUCGUGGUCAUCAAAAAUUUCAAUCACAGCAAAAAAAUCAACAGAAGCAGGAGAAGUUAAAAAAGGCUCAAAGUCAUGAUCAAAAAGGCGCUGCACAGAAGGCCUUGAUCUUCACUUGUAGUGUUUGCAAGGUAUGUCAGGGCUCUACAGAAAGUUCCUGUAGAAGAGGAAAAUAAUUAAUUCAAGUAGGGUACAGCUGAUUGCAUUAUUUUUCACUAAUGAAACAGUCAUGUUUUGAGGGCCAAAGAUUGUACAACUUGGCAAAGACUUUGUGGAAAUAGACCCUUCCAGGUUUUUUUCAACUGUUGAUGGGGUACAAAAAAAUAUGAUUCUACAGAAACCAUUAUGAGGUGGGGGAGGGGGUACAAACUUACUCCCCUGCUUACUGUGAAACUUGGCAACUUUUAAGAGCCAUAUCUUGGCCUCCUUCAAACACUUUGAGAGUUUACUAAUAUUUUAAGGAAUUAUUCCCAGUAGUCAAAAUAGUGACCUGAAUUCUAGUUUUGUCUUGGUAGUACCACUACAGGAGACAAAACCACUACAAAGUAACUUUAGGCUGGGGUUCUCAUUAAGUGCCAGCAACCAGGUAAAAACCUUGCUACUUUGAAUUUUGAGCCAUAUGCAGUACUUUGUGUGCGAAAAGGGGUGAGGAGCUAUAACCCUGGCAGUGAGCAGAGGUUUUUCUCUCUUGCAUCACUUUGAGCAUUUACGAAGUCAUUUGUGUCACUUGUCAAUCGCGUAGUUGGUUUGUACAAAAGACAGGCAAUGCAAAUGAACGUGUAAACGCUAAAAGCCAUUCAAGAGAUCCCUCUGUUUGCAGGGUAGUGAGAAGUAAAAGGCAAAAUUGCCUGAUCAGCACUUAAUUGCCAAGCUACCAUAACGUUCUUAAAUUACAUCCUAGCUGUCUACUUUAGAGCGGUGACCUUUCUAAAUAAUGGAUUGCUGACUUAAUAUAUUUUCAUGUUUAAUCAUUCUUUGCUGUAAUGUGGUUGAAUUACAGUGUUGUUAUCGCUAAAUGAUUUUUUCAGUCUCAGAUGCCUGACCCAAAGACAUACAAACAGCAUUUUGAGAGCAAGCAUCCCAAAGCGACUCUUCCAGCAGAAAUAGCUAGUGCUUAAUGUUAAAUG